GAUCAAAUGUCACUAUAACAUGAGGGCGUGAGCUGAGCGGGCAGUGCCUGAGCCGGUCCUGUCCACAGGGAGCUCUAACCCUUCUCUCCAGACUCAGCCACAGAAACAACCCUCCCACCAUGUCGGACGAGGAAGUUGAGCAGGUGGACGAGCAUUACGAGGAAGAAGAAGAGGCCCAGGAGGAAGAAGUCCAUAAAGAAGAAGUUCAUGAACCAGAGGAAGUCCAAGAAGAGGAGAAACCGAGACCCAGACUCACUGCUCCUAAGAUCCCGGAAGGGGAGAAAGUAGACUUCGAUGACAUCCAGAAGAAGCGGCAGAACAAGGACCUCAUGGAGCUGCAGGCACUCAUCGACAGCCACUUUGAGGCCCGCAAGAAGGAGGAGGAGGAGCUGGUCGCUCUCAAGGAGAGAAUCGAGAAGCGCCGUGCGGAGCGAGCCGAGCAGCAGAGGAUCCGGGCCGAGAAGGAGCGGGAGCGUCAGAACCGGCUGGCGGAAGAGAAAGCCCGGAGGGAGGAGGAGGACGCCAAGAGGAGAGCGGAGGACGACCUGAAGAAGAAGAAGGCCCUGUCCUCCAUGGGCGCCAACUACAGCAGCUACCUGGCCAAGGCCGACCAGAAGAGAGGCAAGAAGCAGACGGCCCGGGAGAUGAAGAAGAAGGUUCUGGCAGAGAGGCGCAAGCCGCUCAACAUCGACCAUCUCAGCGAAGAUAAGCUGAGGGACAAGGCCAAGGAACUCUGGGACACCCUGUACCAACUGGAGAUCGACAAGUUCGAGUUUGGCGAGAAACUGAAGCGCCAGAAAUAUGACAUCACCAACCUCAGGAGCCGCAUCGAUCAGGCCCAGAAGCAUAGCAAGAAGGCCGGAGCCCAGCCCAAGGGCAAGGUCGGCGGGCGCUGGAAGUGAAGCAGCCAGGGAAGCUUCCGGAGGCAGAGACCCUCGGCCCGUGCAGCCCACGCAGCAGCGCCCGGCCCCCAGACCCACCCCCGGGCACCCCCCACGUCUCUGUCCUCGCUGCCCCCACCUCCUGGGGCCUGUGAAUAAAGCUAGCAGGCUCCCCUCCA